UUCUGAAGUUUAAAUAACAUAACCUUGUACAUUAUAUUUUUAAAAGAUGCUGAACUUACAGUUUAUUUCUCUAAUAAUUUGAUCAUUUAACUUUUGUAAUUGAAUUACACGUUUUAUUUAGUAUCGAGCAAUGCUCAGCGUGUAAGGGAAAAUGAAUAAUAAUCAAAAAUAUUUAUCCACAAAAUGAAUGUGCUGCCCAUGAUACCGUUUCGUUGAAACGGCGGAGCCAAGAACUUCUAGCUUUCGGAAAAAUGGAGGUUGUAGCUCGAUCGAGAUCGUGAAUUCGUGCAGCUCUAUAAGAAUUAAUUUGUGUGAUUUUUUCGUGAGAAAAUCAAUUUCCAACACACCUACUUGAUUCUUGAUUCUCUGUUUUCCAUAUAACUUCAUCAUUUUGAAAGUGAAAACUGAUUUUUACGCAGUAAAAUGCAGGAGAGACGUUUUGACAAAAAAGUAAAUUGGAUACACAAUACUUAUAGAAAAAAAUCAAUGAAAGCAAAAGCAAAGACCAAAAAACCAAAUGGUAAAUUUGGGAAAGUUAAAUUUCAAUCUAAAGAAGUGACUUCUAUCAAUCCAGAUUUGUCGCAAUUGUAUCGGCAAAUAGACACAAGUGUGUCAUCUCUAUAUUGUUUAAGCAAAGUUUUAGCAAAUGGUAGCGAUGAAGUUAAAUCUAUUUUGGCAUAUGAAUGUGACUUGGUAUACGAGUGUCGUAUAUGCAGGAGCCUCUUUAGAAGUCUGGUUAAUCUCAUUUCUCACAAAAGGAUUUACUGUAAAGAGAAAUUUGAUGUCACAAGUGGUAAAAGUUCUUCCAACAAUCGUGAUACUAUUUGCAUAAAUAAAUCAAAUAUGCCAGUACCAGAAGCUUGCGGAAAUGAUAGAAUUUUGAGAAGUCAAGUUUCUAAGGAAGAGGAAAAGAAGGAUCUUACAACCGUGGUAAAUAUGUUACAAAAAAAGCAAAAAGAAAGUUUGCACUCCAAUAUUGAACGUUUAUGCUUGGAAAGUGUGCAAUCGAAUUCAUCUGUAGUUUAUCAGACCGUUGAACCAGUGGUUUCAACGCAAAAUCACAUAGACCUAAUGAAGACACAGUUAACAGAAAUAAAAGACAUGAUUAAUGAACGAACUGCAGUGUUAGGUCCAGAUGGACAAAUUUUGCCAUCUAAAUACACUUUGAAUGACAGUAAGAAUAAUAAUGAAGAAACUACAGGCACCUAUGAAACUGAGCUUACUUGUUCUAUAUGUAAUGCAAAAUUUUCAACAAAAAAGACAUUAGCAGUUCAUACAAGAACAUUACACACAUCUCAUAGAUUAUGUUAUCCUUGCCCAUGUUGCACUAGUACAUUUGCAAAUUCGUGGAGUGUUUAUCGGCAUCUGUUUAAAGUUCAUAGAAAAACUAAUGAACAAGUACGAAAGUUCAGAUCUCAAAUACAAGAAAAAGCAUUCAUCAAGGAUACAACUGGUGCAGAAGAUUUACAAAAAGAGCAAGCCAAUAAAUUAUUAACGAAUACCGUGUUACGAGUUAAUGAAACACAGGAGUGGAUGGAUCAUCUCGAAUCUGAUACAGAAUUACAAAGAUGUGGAGGUUGUGGAAAACGAUUUGAUAGGAAAGCAGCUUUAUCUUCACAUUCACAGUACUGCCAUAGGCGCGUUGCAGCCUAUGAAAGUACAAAUAAAAUGAAGAAGACAAAUAAAGUUUCACCGGAUCGAGUUUCAAAUGAAACUGUAGUCACAUCUUCUUCAUCGGAAAUUAGCAAUAGUAAUGAAACAUCUAUCCGGGUAGAAGCUGUAGCUACUUUAAGUAAAGCAGAUUGGGAUAUGUUAGAGAAUGGGGAACUAAUUCCACAACGUGAACUCAAUGCAAAUGUAACAACUUUGACAAAUGGAGUACAGGAAGGUACUGGGAAACAUAAUCCUCUUCCUUCGAGUACUACCUCUGAUUCAUUAGAAAUUAUCUAUACAAGUAUGAACAAACAUAAAAAUAACGUAGGAAGCAAAAAGAGAAAAAACAGGGACAGUGCAAAAAGAAUAACAAAUACUGUAGGCAACAAUAUUGAGAAAGUAGAUCGUGCAUUAAUAAUGGAAAAGAAGAUAGCUUCGAUAGUGAACCUUCAAAAAUUACAGUGCCUUUCGUGCAAACGAAAAUUCACCUCGGUGAUUAAUUUAAGAAGACAUGCUGCCAUUCAUGUAGGUUGGAAUCGUUAUAGGUGUAAGCUUUGUGACUUUAAAUGUUUCAUUAAGUGUGACUGUGUAGCACACUGUAAUAAAAUGCACAGUGCUCAGAAUAAUCGUGCUAUUAUAGAAGAUAUGAUAAUUCAAAUUUCGGACGAUCAUUGUACACCAGAACAGGAUGUUGUAUUAAAUACAACUAACGUAGAAAAAUGUAAUGCUCCGGAAGUCGUGGAAAUUAGCAUUUCUCCAGAGGAGAUACAACCAGAAGUCGUCGCGGAAGAAACGUCUAUAGACCAAACAGAAACACAAAUAGCAAGUAAAGCAGAGAUAGAAAUAGAGAACGAAGCGAAAGCGAAAAUAAGAAUCGAAACAGAAAUAGAAAUAAAAGGUGAAGCAGAAACAGAAAUAGGAAAUGAAGCUGGAAUAGAAAUAGGAAAUGAAGCAGGAGCGGAAUUAAAAAAUGAAGCAGAAGCAGAAAGAAAACCUGAAAUAGUAACAGAAAUAAUAGAUAUAAAUUCAGAUACGUUUCAAGAAGUAGUUCACGUUAAUAAAGACACUCAAGAGCCUUUAAGUAAUGGUAUUAAAGGACAAAAUACCGUUGAAUUAGAUCCUGAACUCAGAAGAAUGGUGAUGGAAGUUAUCUUUGGAUCUUCUGAAACAAAUUCUGUGAAACAGGUCGAAGAGGAAGAAAUCAAAUUAGCAAAUAAAGAUGAAAUUGAAAUAUCGUCCAGAGGUUCUGAUUCGAAAGAAAGUGAUAUUAUAUGUCUCACGGACAAUCCAAGGCCACAGCGACCGAUUCGUAAUAAGAUAAAACCGUUGAAGAAGGAUUUCAUCUAUGAUCUAAAAGAAGUAACGUUCCGAAAGGAUUCCUUAAUUGUGAAGCCAUUUAAUAAAACAUUUACCAAAAAGUCACUGAUUCAAGAAGAGAACAAUGUGGAAAAGGACGCUGAUCAACCGUCCAAACGUUUUAAAUCUUUGCCGGAUAAUAACGUAUCGAUCCAUUGCGAGGACAGUGUCAUGGAUAAAUGUGACAUUACAUUUGAUAGAGAAGAUUUGAAGGGAAGCCUUCCAUUUUCUCAAUGUCACAGUUAGAUAUUUAAAAGCAUCAUAGCUUAAAUGAGAUUUUUAUUCAGUCAGAAAAUACUAUAUUAAUAUCGCUUGAUAUCAGGAUAAUUCAUUGUGCAAAAUAUGAACAUGUAAAUUGUUCAUUUUUACCGCUGUAACAUAUAAUUGCAGAUACUAGUAACUUUAGGACAAUUCUGAAUAUUGCCAUUUUAUUUUUAUUGAAGUUUACUAAUUUAAUUGUUUAAUAUGUUGUAAAUUUAAACAUAUGAAUAAUUCAAAAUUUUUUCAUUUUUAGAUAAACAAUUCUAUUAAAUUUAAUUGUUGGAAUCAUACGUAAUUAUAUUACAAAAUUUUAUAUACAUAUAGAUAUGUACAACAGGCAAUAUGGUUAUGUCUCCGAUUAAUCCAUUUAAUGAGCCUUUUCAAUGAGUUCCAGUGAUAUGCAACUGACAACUGACUUCAUUUUCAUAAGAACGUUUCUGAUGUAGUAGUAAAAUAUUCCAAGUAAACAUAAACCUCGGCACAAUAUGAGUUGGUAUGUUUUGAAUGAUAUAUGUAUAUAUAAAAUUAAUCAAAUUAAGUUUCAACUAAGAAAAGAUAAAUGAAACAGUACUAGAAUAAUAUAGAUAGUAAAAUUAAUACCUGCAUUACUUUUUUCUAAAUUUCUAUUAGACUGCAAUUGUUUACGCAAAUGCGGAAAGUUAUGGAUUAAUUUGUGAAAGUUGGAAUCAAUCAUGCAAUCAUGUACAAUCGUGCUUCAAGGAAAAGCUUAUUAAACCUUAUAUUUUAGUACAUUGGGUAUGUAAUACAUUGUAUAAAUCAUUUAUAAUUCACUUAUUGUAUAUAAAAAAUAAUCAUUAUAUAUAACAUAAAAACAAAAGUGAAAAAUACAUGGGUAAUGAAGUUGAUAUAAUAUGUAUCAGUUUGGAAUGGACUCAUUACAUAUUUAUAUUAUACUCUACUAUUGUUCUCAUUCAGGUGUAAUUGAGAAGCAGUGAUGUGUUAAUAUUUCAAAGUUACAUUUGCUUAAAUGAAACAUUACAUGUGUUACUUCCCUCAGUGCUCGAAUAAUGGACUACUAGAAAGACAUAGCUGUAUUCAUUAUUAUUAUUUUUUUUAAUAGAGAUAUAGUUAUUUAUACAUAAAAAAGUAUUUAUUUAAUACUUUGUUUUAAUACUUCGGCAGAGCAAUUUAACAGCAGGGUAUGUCAAAGUAUUGUUCAAAGGGUUCGACAAGAAGUUUAAACAAUUUUUAUUUCACUAUAAGAUUUUGUAAAAUGUUGUGUAAGUGUAUCCAUAGCUUUGAGUUUCAAUUAUCCCAUAUUUCAUUCACAAUCAUCAUCAUGAAUUACAUUGUAUGUACAAAAAGUGUAAAGCAAUUUUAAAAUAAAAUGUUCUACUAGUAAUAAUAAAGA